AUGGCGACAAAGGACGAGAUUCUCAGCUGGGCCGACGGUGUCAAUGCUUACAAGAACUCCGACUGGGAUGGAGCGCUCGACUCCUUUCAGCGUACGGGCGACUUCUCCCGAGUUCACUUCAACAUGGGCAUAAUAUAUACCCGCCUGGACGACUAUGAAAGUGCGUCCAUGUGCUAUACAAACGCUAUCGGCGCAGACCCGUAUCUUGCGGUGGCUUUCUUUCAAAGGGCGUACUGUGCCUACAUGACCGAAGACUAUCAAAGGGCUGACGGAGACUAUGCCAUGGCUUUGGAGUUACUCCGAGAGAAUGAUUUUAUCGACUACUCACAGCUUGGACUGAAGUACCGGCUAUACCGCUGCGAGGCUCAUUACAACCGUGCCAUGUGCGCUCACUCCAUCGGCGACGAUGCUAUCUGCACACAGGAUGUAUUGGCCGCACAGCGAGUCGCAAGAACUACUGAGCAAAAGGCGGUCAUCGAUCGCGCCGCCCGAGUGGGAGUCGAAACAGUGACUUUGUUCACUGUCCCUGUUGACGCCGUUUUCGAGGUUCCGGAGAGCAAGUUGAAGAAUAUCAACGAGAGGUCGUACCUCAAGGAUGCCAAAGUGGUCAUCGACAGUUCACCCGGGGCGGGAGGCGACGGCCAAGCCAACUGGGCAGGAUUCGACGGUGCCCUUAUUCUAAAC